GACGAAUCAGGGGGGUGACGUGGCGCAGACUAUAUAAAGCCGGGUGGCGGGCACAGGCGUACGUUAUUACUCGCCUCGUCGGUCGUGUUGUGUCAGCGCUCCACGGGAUCGUUCGUUUACUUUCCUGAACAAUGGCUCGUACAAAGCAGACUGCCCGUAAGUCUACUGGAGGAAAGGCUCCUAGGAAGCAGCUGGCCACCAAAGCUGCCAGGAAAAGUGCCCCAUCUACUGGAGGUGUUAAGAAGCCUCACAGAUACAGGCCUGGUACUGUGGCUUUGAGAGAGAUCAGAAGGUAUCAGAAGUCCACUGAGCUGCUGAUCCGCAAGCUUCCCUUCCAGCGUCUUGUGAGGGAGAUCGCCCAGGAUUUCAAGACUGACCUGAGGUUCCAGAGCGCGGCUAUUGGUGCUCUGCAGGAAGCAAGUGAGGCCUACUUGGUGGGUCUCUUUGAGGACACCAACCUGUGUGCCAUCCAUGCAAAAAGAGUAACCAUCAUGCCCAAGGACAUCCAGCUAGCAAGAAGAAUCCGUGGAGAACGUGCUUAAACUUUUUUUUUUUUUUGCGGGAAACUUGUUUUUGAUCUUAGAUUUUCUUUUUUUUACAAACUGUACAUAAGUGUGAUGUCUCUUUAUUUUAUAAAGGGUUUGUUAACUGUAGAGUAGUUGACAGUAAAUGGGUAGUACACAUUUUAUAUGACAUUCCCUUAAUCCUCAGGUUUUUCAGAAAAAUUUGUAUCUACAGCUAGUCUUCUGUGACCCUUCCCACUUCAGAGUUUGCAUGCCUUGCCUCAAAUCUCUCCAUACUUUGGUAUCUUUAAGUGUAACUCCAUUGUAAAUAAACUUUCCACUACCUCAGUGGUCUUGCCGUCUUUAGAGCGACGUAUGGGUCAAAGCAGACAUUCAUCCACUUACCAGGUCUGCAGUUUUACAGGAUGAUCCUGAUCCAAGGCACGUGACUCAUGUGGUAACAGUCAGCAUGGCAAGGUAGUUGUGUGGGUUACAGUAGAGAACAUAUUAAGGUUAGUCAACAAAUACCUGCGGUGAUUAGUCAAGUUGUCCUAGACCAGGGACCAUCAACCUUUGGCACUCCAGCUGCUGUGAAGCUACAACUCCCAGUAUGUACUUGGCUGCUCUAGUUAAGGGAGGAUUCUGGUAGUUGUAGUUUCAAAACGGCUGGCGAGCCGGGGGUUGCUGAUCCCUAGUCUAGACUGAGCCGUACAUAAUGUGAUAGAUUUCUGGGGGCAGCUUAAUGCUUAAAAUCAGUGUGUACCCAGGGUUUAUCAUACCAGCAUUUAUCUGAAGGCUUUGGGCAUUGCUAUAAAACUUGAUGUGUGUGGAUCUUGUUCUUACCAGCAGUUAGGGGUUUGGGUGAUACAGGGGGAUGAUCAGUUUCCCUAUAGACUUUAUAGGCAAACUAUGUAAUGGUACAGACUUGUCAAUAAAUGCCAGUGCGUUAAGAUCUUUAAGCUUUGUUGCUCUAUAGUUGGGAUGAGAAGUGAUCUCCUGCAGCAUGUUUUUCACUACCAUGAACCAGUGUUCUCCAGAUUUUUACUUAAAAUAAAUCCGCUUGUUAAAUCUUCA